UUCAAAAGUGGAUAAGUGGAUAUUUUAUUUUUGUAGGCUUGUCAAACACCAUCAACAACCUGAUAAUCAUUAAAAUUUCGAUGUAUAUUUCUUUCAAUUCCGAAUGAAAUAAAUAUGUAGCUUUUUAAUUAAUAUUACAAGCGUACACGUAGUGUUGUUGAAACGGUAUCGGUGUUGACUGCGACGAACUUAUUUCGGAGGUCGAAAAAUGGCUAAAUCUACUCUAAACUCUAAAGAAUUGGUCCAACGAUCGUUCUCUCCUUUUGUGGCCAUUUUGAGCAGUCCACUCGUCGAUGAGGUUUGCCAGAAAAAUAAUCUAUCAUUCAUCGAACUAAUCGAACCAUUUUCUACGGUCAAUAAAGAGGUAUCCUACCGUGAUCCUUCUGCGACAACUAUUACGUUGAAAAAUCUGCGAGUAUGUUUCUACGAUAUCAACGCCAAACCACCAGAACCUGCUAUUGCUAGAAAAUUACUCAACGAAUCUGUGAGCUCUGUUUCCGAAGAAGUUAUAGAGUGCACGAAUUUCAAAUCAGGCAAUAUUAGCGUCGAUGUACCGACCACUGUGCCUUGGUUUGAGAAGUGGAGAGACAUGUUUCUCAAAGUACAAUUUCCGUCCGAUCACGAGUUUACUAAGCAUUAUUUAGCAUGUAUGAUUGUGAUUACUUCGAAGGAAGAUAAUCCUAUGGAUACGUUGUCGAAUAUGGUCCAACAGCUGCAGCAUACUUUAAGUAUGUCUCCUCCUAAAAUGAUUCCUAAAUGGUUUAGUUCUUCGGUGUUAAGAUAUUACGUUCUUUUACACGAUGUCGUUUCGGGUGAUUUGAAAAAAGCCGAAAAAGUAUUCGAUGAAAUGAAAUCUACCUACAAUACACAGUGUUGUUAUAUGCUGCAAAUCAACUCGCAGACUACAGGAAGUCCUAUCAUUGUACCUGAUUAUUGGGGGAAAACGCAGGUUGAAAAUGGAUCAAAUGAAUUCAGUAACGAUAUCGGUUUAACCGAUAGCUUUUCUAUGAGUAAUUCAAGCCAUAUUGAAACCGCGCAAGAGAUGUCAGAACAGGUCAAGCCUGAAAUUUUAAACCAUCCUCUAAGCCCUCAGCUUGAAAAUCAACGUAUCGGAGGCGACGUUUCACAAAAUAUUAACGAUAUGACAGAUAGUUCUGAAACGCCAGAAAAACCCGGAGCUUGUUUAACUACUGAAGACAUCGAUCGAGUCAAAACACUCGUCUCAAAUUUCGUCGUCAGCGCGUUAUUGCCUUUCGUUGAAACUCAAAUGCAGUAUUUGAAUGAGAUGGUUUCGAAUAAAAAAGGUGUCAGUAAAUCUUUCCUAAGCGCUACAAAACGAUGGUUUGGAAAUCCUAAACCAGGAUCACCGAUCAGUGUACCAAAUGCGCAUUACUACCAUCCGGAUUCCCCCGAGUUGCACAUGCGUCGUCUGGGUGACCUAUGCUUUAUGUUCGGAGCUUACACGUGCGCUUUCCAAGCCUACCAUUCGGCCAAACGUGAUUUCAGCUCGGAUAGCGCCUGGUUGUAUUACGCAGGAGCUUUGGAAAUGGCCGCGUUAUCGGCUUUUUUAAUCGGAUUAGAUAUCAAGAAAGCUCAAGAAUAUACCGAAGAUAGCGUCGUCAUAUAUUUAAACACAUGCAGAAUGCCUCAGUUUGCUACCAGGUUAACGUUAUGUGUUACGGAAUGCUUAAAAGAUUUAGGAAUGUAUGGCGAAGCUGCAGGUAGACUUUUAUCGAUGACUAGCGAAGAUUCUGAUUUACGAAGCGCUCUGUUACUGGAAGAAGCUUCGUAUUGUUUUAUUAAAUCGAAAAAACCGUAUAUGCCUCGUAAAUAUGCCUUUCAUCUUGUGUUGGCUGGACACAGGUUUGCCAAAGCUGGGCAAAGGAGACACUCUUUGCGAUGUUACAGACAAGCUUAUCAAGUUUACCAAGAUAAAAGUUGGAGUCUGGCUGAAGACCAUAUACAUUUCACUAUUGGUAAAUUAGCUUCGUCUUUAAAACAAAAAGAAGUCACUGCGGCAGAAUUUGCGAAAUUAUUCAUCAAUCCGAGUACUCAGCUGCCUUCUCAACAAUCAGUCUUCCUUAAAGAAUACUUCUUAUCUUUGAUUGAGCUGCAAAAAGAAGGAAAGAGCGAGAUGCCUUUUCUGAAUAUACCUCACGUUGACCAUUCCAGCAUUAGAGUGUUUUUGAAUGCGUUCGAAAGCCCUGAUCGUAUUGAAGAAUGGACUUUAGCUCAUAAAAAAAUCACCGAAGAGGAGCAGACCAAUAAUAGAUGGCGAAAAUUGGAAGAAAAUUUGGUCUCUUUUACAAACAAUAAUUCAGUUCCGCCAUUUUUCAAGCCUACAAUUACAGUGCUAUCGAAUAGCACGAAUAAUUCAGUCAAACCAGUGUGUGUGAUCGAAGAACGCAUUCGAACGUGUGUGGAUCUAGUGAAUAUACUGAAUAUUUCGUUAUCUUUACAAAAUGUCGAAUUAAUGUGGGAGUAUUCGGCUUCGGAAAAUGAUCCUAAUUCUGAUGAAAUAUCUUUGGCGGAAACUGAGAUAUUAGAUUCAGUUAUACUGGAACGAGACACGAGUACCACAAUAAUUUUACACAUUACUCCGAAAUCACCCGGUGAACUUCAUAUCUCUGGUAUUAAAUACACUGUGAUUCUUCAGCCUUCAAACGAAGGCGCUGAUACCAUCAGCAUUACCGGAUACACUACUUUGAAUCCUAAAGGGAUGAAAAUAAUCACAAAAGAACCAAAAGCAGAGCCACAAUACGCUCCUGAUUACAGAUUACAGUUUACCGUCGCCGAUAGCGCUCCUUGUUUACAAAUUUACUUAAAACAUCUUACCGAAGAAAUGCUAUGCGGCGAAAUCCAGCCAAUCGUUGUAAAAUUACGUAACACGGGCCGUUUACCCAUUAAUAGGGUUUUAUUUACUGCCAGCGAACCAGCUUUGUUUUCUGUACCUAAAGGUAAACCUGGCAGUAAAAUUUAUCAAUUGCAAUUCGAGCCUAUACCUCCGGGACGGUCCAAUGAAGUUACCAUAUUCUUAAAAGCGUCCGAUAAAAGUGGAGAGACUUGUGUCGACUUGCUGUUCUACUAUGACACUACUAAAUCUAGUCAUCAAAAGCUGAAGUAUCGAUUGAUUCAUCAUACGUUGAAUUUAAUGGUGCACGAAUCCAUCAGCGCGUCUGUUUUGGCCACCAGAAGUAUAAAGAAUAAUGAAGAUAACGAAGUGAUCAAUAUUCGUCUUCAAGUACAGAAUAAAAACGAGGCAUCAGAUGCAUUGGAACCUGUAGUUUCACUGCAACAGGUAUCAUUAUUCAGUUCAAAUUGGCAACUGUACGGCGUGAUUUCCUCUUCGGAUGAUGUUUCAGUGAAAUUGAAACAAGAACAAGUAGCUUUUGUGACGUUCAAAGCUAAACGACUCAGUACGGAAAAUAAUUACUCUGAUUUAAUACUGAAUAACGAAAAUAGCAUACUAUCCGUCGAGAAACCGUACAGUGACUUCACCGAAUCUAUAGUUACCAAAUUAAUUAAUCCUAAUAAACCACCUGAUAAAAAUAUCGCCCACGAAACCGAAUCAGUCGUUAAUAUUAAUUCACUGGUGAUUUUAUUUUGGAAGGGCGAGGUUAACAGAAAAGGCAGCGUGCAAACGAUAACUGGUCAGCAUUUGGUACCAUUGAUGAAAUUCGGCCAGAAAUAUUCAUCCGCUGAUUGUGAUUCUUUGUGCGAAACGAACAAACCACCUACUCUUUCCUCAUUUAUAUCUCCUCCUUCCAUCCCAACUGUUUAUUAUAAUAGUCCUAUCGCCAAAGAAUUGUUAUUAAUUAAAAUGAGCCAUCCUGCUAUCGUUACUCAUAGUUUUACCUCUAACAGGAUCUGUACCGUUUCUGUCGACUUGAUUGUACAGAAUUGUUGCGACUAUUCAGUUGAAGUUAAACUCGAUUCUACAUAUCAAACGCCUAAUAACUUAAGUAAAAUAAACGAAUCGUCGUUAUUUUUAUGGCUCGGAGUGGUGCUGAAUACGUUUGUCUUGGAAAAACAUUCCAGUACGAAAAUGUCCCUUUGUGUAUGCGUCGGUAAUUGCGGAACUUACGAUUUGGGUUCGCAACUUACUAUAUUAGCUAGGAAAUUUAAUAGUGAGAAUAUUUUUGUAGCUCAGUCGUCUGUUCCCCAUUCGAUAUUGUGUGUAUCAAACGAUGUUUUAUGAUAUUUAUUUAUUAUUUUUUAUUACGCCAAUUGUGAUUUUUCAUUGUUUACGUUCAUUUUAUUGAUAUUUAGCGCUGUUCAUUAUAAUAUUAUGUAUUAUGAUUAUGAUUUUGCUGAUGAUUUCAUCAGUGGUAUUCAAUUCUUGAUUUUUUAAAAAUAAACUCGUUAAUCGUAA